AUGAAAAGGGUUUUUGUGCAUUUGGCUUGUUUUUUUUUCUUCAAAAUUAUGUCAGAACACCCUAAUAAAGUAGCCUUUGAGGAAGGCGUAGGCUAUGUAUUAAAGUCGUGGACUGCACUCAAGUUGGCAGUUGAACAAGAAUGGGGAGGAAUUGAAUCAGCCGAGAAAAGAGAUUGGAUGAUCGAUGUCAUUGUCGAUGUCUUUGGCAAACGUGGAAAGAAAGUAGACGUAGAAGAAAUUGAGGAAAUAUUGGCUCAAAUUAUGAGUGAUGAAUUCCAAGUUCUCCUUGAGGAUGAUUCAGCGUAUUAUGUUGCAAAGCACUUAUUUGAGUUGUAUAAUCAAUGUAUCCAGGGAAAUUUUGAAGAAUUACAACGUCUUCGUGAACGAUAUAUGUCACAAAAUCAGUCUGCUGCUUCCAACUGUGUAAAACAAGAAAGCGAUGAUGAGGUGGAUGGCGAUGAAAAUGAUGAUGAACAAGAUGCUGAGGGAGAUCAAGAGAUGGAGGAGGCAGCCCCAGAACAGCCCACAGUGGAUGAAGAUGGUUGGGAAAUUGUUCGUCGUAAAUAA